UCACUGCCCCCAAUAAAGAUGGUGACGGUCACACGGGCCGAUCGCCAUCUGAGGCGUUGAUUUGUUUUCUGCAAACGUGAGUCUGGGAGUUUCAAAUGGGUGUGUUUUCCGACGUGCACUAACUGUUUGUAAAACUUCCAAACCCAUACGAAUAUCACUUCCCUCCAGCUUUCUACCGUUUUGCUUUCUUUACUGUGGCCUGCUCUUACCUCAAUUGCACAAAUCUUGGUCUCAGCGAAGGAUCUAGGCCCGAAACGUCAGCUUUCCUGCUCCUCUGAUGCUGCUUGACCUGCUGUGCACAUCCAGCUGCACACCGUGUUAUCUCGGAUUCUCCAGCAUCUGCAGUUCCGGUUAUCUCAGCGACUCUGCACCGCACUCGUGGAUGAUCACGUGGUUUUCACUGAUCCCGCCCUCCCUUCAUUCCGAUUGGGCGAUAUCCGUCCGGUCAUGCACGGCACACCUGUGCUCCUAUUGGUCGCGCACUGACAUCAAUCAGCCAGACUUCACCGUGAGCUGGAGCAUGCGCAGUGCUUUGUGUUAUUGUUGGAAGCAAAUGAACGUCGUCGCAAUGUUGCAUUUUGAGACGAAUGAGACUGAAAACCGGAUCUGUCUUUUUACCUUCACAGAUGCUGCCAGACCUGCUGAGCUUUUCCAGCAACUUUGUUUUUGUUCCUGAUUGACAACAUCCCAGUUCUUUUGUUAUUUUUUAAUAAGUCGCGAUUGAAAAGGCUUCCUGCAGCUCAAAGCUAAAGGUACUCUUGAUACCGCUCUGUCAGCCAAUAGAGAAAUAGCGGUGAAAUAAGGGUAAUAAAUACAGGUCUAGCAGUCCUCAGGUAAGAUGUAAAGGGAAUAAUUAUGAAUAUGAAGAACAUCACGUGGUGAAGUGAGGUGAGUGUUGUUCAUAUGAACUGUGAUUGGGCAGAGAGGGAGGUUAAUCAAAAAAGAACAAGCAGAAAAGAGAUUCUCAAGAAAGGUCUGUGCAAUGGAAAGCAACGAGAAUCAGAAGAUAAAAGCCCAACACAAGAAAAAGUUUGAAGACCGUGGCUGCAGAAACUCCAAUAAGUUGUUUCACUGCUCUACUGCCUAGUUAUUGACUUAAGCAGUAUAAUCCACAUUCAACUCUAAGUAGCUGUCUGAGUUUGUCACUGUAGUUUACUUCAUAACAGAUAAACUCCACACUUUGUCUCAAUAAAGCUGACAGUUGGUUCACCAAUUAGUUCUGCUGCCAAGUCCGUUCUUGUUUGAAAAGGGGUAUAGAUCACAUUUAAAUAGACAAUGAAAAAUGUCAAUCCAGGCUGGGAGCAAAAUUCUACUCCCUCGCCACUGACUCCAUCCCUGCCCCAGGUAACUGGCAGGUAACACACUGGUCACAGUCAGGGUGCAAUAUUUCACCCCAAGAUGAGCUUCUAACCACAUUACUCACCCCCACACUCAUUAUCACAAAGACCACAUACAAUUUCAACCUCAACAGCAUCUCAGGUCAUCUGCUGCUGAAACUCUCAUCCAUUCCUUUGCUACCUCUCGACUUAACUCCCCAAACACACUCCCGGCCGGCUUCUUAAUACUACUUCCCUGAAAUCUUGAACUGAUCCAAAAAUCUGCUGCCCAUGUGUUUAUUCUCACCGAUUUUAACAUCUUCAAGUUUUGUCAUUCUGUGCUCACUAACAUAAACAUUUUCUCAGUGGCAAAGCACCAAGGUUUUGAAAUUCAUAUCCUUAUUUUGAAAUUUUGGCAUCACACCACUUUCGUUUGAUAGUCCCUCCAGCUGCAAACCCCUCUGAGAUUUAUCUGAAGAAGGGUCACUGGACACAAAACAGUAAUGCUGCUCUCUCUCUCCACAAGCACUGCCAGAUAAGCUGAGUUUUACAUCAAUUUCUGCUUGUGUUACAACUUUCAAGCAUCUACUGUCAUUUUGCUUUUUCCUUCAAGACAUUUGUUCUCCCUGACUUCCAACCUCCUGUGGAUUUCUGGUUUUAACUCCCACCUUUUUCAUGUUUUCAGUUCCUAAGGCCAUAAGCUCUUGAAUUUACUCCCUAAACAUCCGUGGUUUUCAAAGUCCCCUUGUUUGUUCAGGAUAUUCCUUGAAACCUACUUCUUUGGCCAGUUUUGGGUCACUUGUCCUAAUAAGUACCUGGUAUCAAAUAUUGUUUUGUGACAACCUUGUGUAAUAUGUCAGAUCAUUGGAUUGAAUCAAAAAUGUGAAAACAUUUAAAUUGUUCUUUUGGAAAACAUCACUAAUCCUUCACGAUCAUUUGGGAACUCGUUACCUAAUAUCAUUGCAAGUGCGACUUCACCACAUGACCUGCACUGGUUCAGAAAGGUCAAACAUCAAGUUCUCCAGAUGUAACUGAGGAUUGGCAAUAGUUACUGAUACCUUUGGAGAGUGAUCCAACGUUCAUGUAUCUGGAUAUGGUGAAUGAAUAGACAAUAGGUGCUGGAGUAGGCCGUUCGACCCUUCGAGCCAGCACCACCAUUCAUUACGAUCAUGGCUGAUCAUCCACAAUCAGUAUCCUGUUCCUGCCUUAUUCUCAUAACCCUUGAUUCCACUAUCUUUAAGUGCUCUAUCUAUCUCUUUCUUGAAAGUAUCCAGAGAGUUGGCCUCCACUGCCUUCUGGGGCAGUGCAUUCCAUAUAUCCAUCGCUCUCUGGGUGAAGAAGUUUUUCCUCGACUCUGCUCUAAAUGGCCUACCCCUUAUUUUUAAACUGUGUCUUCUGUUCUGGACUCACCCAUCAGCGGAAACAUGCUUCCUGCCUCCAGAGUGUCCAAUCCCUUAAUAAUCUUAUACGCCUCAAUCAGAUCCCCUCUCAUCCUUGUAAACUCAAGUGUAUACAAGCCCAGUCGCUCCAAUCUUUCAACAUAUGAUAGUCCCGGACGCCAUUCCAGGAAUUGAGCUCGUGAACCUACGCUGCACUCCCUGAAUAGCCAGAAUGUCCUUCCUCAAAUUUGGAGACCAAAGCAGCACACAAUACUCCAGGUGCGGUCUCACCAGGGCCCUGUACAGCUGCAGAAGGUCCUCUUUGCUCCUGUACUCAAUUCCUCUUGUUAUGAGGCCAGCAUGCUAUUAGCUUUCUUCACUGCUUGCUGUACGUGCAUGCUUGCUUUCAUUGACUGAUGUACAAGAACACCUAGAUCUCGUUGUACUUCCCUUUUACCGAACUUGACUGCAUUGAGAUAGUAAUCUGCCUUCCUGUUCUUGCCACCAAAGUGUAUAACCACACAUUUAUCCACAUUAAACUGCAUCUGCCACGUAUCCGUCCACUCACCUAGCUUGUCCAACUCACCCUGUAUUCUCAUAACAUCCUCCUCACAUUUCACACUGCCACCCAAUUUUGUGUCAUCAGCAAAUUUGCUAAUAUUACUUCUAAUGCCUUCGUCUAUAUCAUUAAUAUAUAUCGUAAACAGCUGCGGUCCCAGCACUGAACCUUGUGGUACCCCACUGGCCACUGCCUGCCAUUCUGAAAGGGACCCGUUUAUCACUACAUUUUGCUUCCUGUCAGCCAGCCAAUUUUCAAUCCAACUCAGCAUUUUGCCCCCAGUACCAUGUGCCCUAAUUUUAUUCACCAAUCUCCUAUGUGGGACUUUAUCAAAGGCUUUCUGAAAGUCCAGGUACACUACAUCCACUGGUUCUCCCUUAUCCAUCUUCAUAUGGACAUGUUGCAGAACCUGUUGGGUAGGAGAAGUUCAGAAACAGAACAGCGAUGGCUUCCUUCUGACUCGAGAGGGUCUAACUUUACUUUUUAAUUGAAAAAUCUUCAGGUUCAUUUAUAGUUCUUCACGGAGUAUGAAUUGUUGAACUUAUUCAGCUGCAUGUGUCCAAUAAAUUUCUUCAGAUGUGAGGUCAAAGAAAUUCAAAACUAUUCCUCAUCCUCCCACAGACUUUCUCUCACUGUUAAGGUGCCUACUCAUGGACUUAGGGGAUCCAGGUACAUGAUUAUUUGAAGUUUCCAUCCCAUUUAAACAGUGGUUAAACAGUCUUUUGGCACGGCAGCCUUCAUUGCUCAAUUGUUUCAGUUUCGGAGUUGGGAAGUCAUAUUGAGGUUGCACAGGAUGUUGAUGAGACCUCUUCUGGAAUACAAUGUGCGGUUUCUGUCACACAAUUACAGGAGGCAUAUCAUGAAGCUGGCGAGCGUUAAGAAGAGGUUUACCAGGAUGUUGCCUGGUAUGGAAGCUUUGAUUUAUAAAGAAAGGUUGGAUAGACUUUGACUUUUCUUGCUGGUGCUUAGGAGGUUGAGAGGCGGCCUGUUAGAAGUUCAUAAAAUAAUGAGACAUGUAGAUAGUAUGAAUUGUGGUCGUCAUUUCCCAAGGAUGGGAGAUUUCAAGACUAGGGAAUGUUUUUAAGUUGGGAGGAGAUAAUUUAAUAAAAAAAAAUGCAAGGCAGAACUUUGCAGUGACUGUGAACAAAGCAAUGGCAAGUUCCAGCAGAGAAACAGGUGGCAAAGAAACAGGUGACAGCCAGGCAUGUGAGGGCUAAUGUGUUUCGUUUGCAAGUGACAUUCACCGCUUCACAAAGUGGAGAACGUUGAAGUACAGCAGCGACGGUGAUUAUUUUGCAGGAUAUUCACCUUGCAAAUGGUUUUUCCGCCAGUAUCCCUGAUUACAUCGCAAUCGACAGGAUGAAAGCUGCAGCAAGACGUGUGGAGCCAGUGGUGUAAUUGAUACGGCAUCUGAUUUUGAAUUGGAAGUUUGGAAUAUUGUAUCCUCUCUCACUCGAGUGAAGUUGACAGCUUUUCUACCCUUGCAAAUUGACAGACACUCCCGAAGAGGAAUGUCUGGCCAACGCUGUUUUUGUCAGGUUCCCAGCAGCUUAAGUGAAUGGAUUGCUGGGUUUUGGAAAUUGAAAAUUGAAAUUAAAAGGUAAAUGAGUAACUUGAGUGUGGGGCUACUUCAGCUCAUUGUAUAUUUCAUAUCCCACCUCAUGGCAACAGUACCCAUUGUCAGGAGAAACUGCAUGUGUUCCACACAAAGCUGCCUUUUGCUGGGAAACCUUGUGUACAGCAGGAGAAGCGGGUAGAACACUGUGUGUAUAAGACUGACACUGAGCCACACAUUAAACGGUAAAGAUAACAAGUAAAGUUGGAAACUUGCUCGCCCAGCUGGCUUGUUUUCGUUCAGACUUUUCGUCACCACGCAAGGUAACGUCAUGAGUGAGACUUCCGAAGAAGCGAUGUUGUUCUCCUCCACUUGAAAUUUAUCCUGCCCGGUCUGUUCUGGCAACUUCUGUCAUUUCGCAUUCUGUUCUGUAUGGGUUGUAUAUGGGGUCCAAUUCUUUAUGUUUGCCGACUGCAUUAUGGAUUGAGAACCAUGCCUCUAGGAAUUCCCAUGUGUGGCUAUGUUUGGAUUGCACUACUACGGUUAUGUUGUCCCAGUUAAACUGAUGGCCUUCAUUAUCCGGGUGUACUGAUAUUAGGGAAAGUUUGUCAUGUCAUUUUGCUGCCGGCUGAUGUUCAUGUACACUGACGGCUAGUUUCCUUCCUGUCUGUCUGAUAUAAUGUUUGUGGCAAUCGUUGCACAGUAUUUUGUAAACACUGUCAGUUCUGCAUGUCGUGGGUAUGGUGUCUUUAAUCCUUGAGAAUGUUUGUCGUAGCAUGGCUUUGGGCUUGUGUGCUACCGUAAUUCCUAGUGGUCAUAGGAGUUGUCAGUUCUGAUAUGUUCUUGAUGUGUGGCAGUGUGUCCAGUGUGUUCGGGCAUAAUGUGUCCUCUUCGUGUUGCUGUUUAGUCAGUACCUGUGGAUGAAAUUGCAGGGAUAGCCAUUCAAAGCGAAGAUUUUGUAUUGGUGUUCUUCCUCUUUCUGCAUAGUUCUGGGUCAUUGCAAUGAGUGGUGACCCAUUUAAAUAGUGUCCCAACACAGCUUAGUUUGUGUUCCACUGACCUGAGUUAGUUGCCAAAUUAAAAAUAUCCGAGCCCCUCAAGGCACUGACCCGAGUUGUGAUGUGCAAAGGACAACACACAAAGGAGGAUCCUUGUGUGAUUGAUCCAAUGUGAUCUGUAUGCCAGGGUAACAGUGAAGACUGGUCUUCAACACCCACAUUGAACCUGGCUCCACUUGGCCUCCAGUCACCUCUCACAAACUACCAUUGCCCUUCACUUUUCCUGACCUCCCCUCUAUUCUUGUUUUAAACUGAUUGCACUUCAGGCAGUUUCAGCUGGCAUUGCUGCUGUGGAACUGUAACAUGGAGUGAAUUGAUUUUGACUGAUCAAUGACAUAAUUCUGCUUCUCAAGAUCAGUCAAUAUUUCAGAUUUAUUACUUUAAAUGAUAACCAUGAACAGGCUACGACAGUGAAGGCACUGAAUCGUAAUCUCUGGACCAGCAGGAAAGAUCAGUUUAUGGCACUCAGGACACUGUCUGAUUCGGCCUUGCAUUCUCCCAACCUUCUGCACAUGAUGCCCCUCUGCUCUGUUGCGGUUUUGUUACGUCUUGAUAUAUAAUAGUCUCCAGUUAUCUAUUCUUUUGUUAUUUCCAAUACAUGAGACCCUCUUUCCAUGUCUUGUGCCUGGCUGCACAGCUCAGUGGUCAGAGCACUGUUCUCAGAAACAAGUGGUUGUGAGUUCGAGCCUGUGAUAGUGUUUGUGCAUCCCCUGCUUCAAAGGGCAAAAAGAGCCCUUUAAAAAUUAUCUGAAAUUAUAACAGUAUCAUUUCCUCCACAGACCAGAAAUAUGUGUGAAUUUCCACAUUGCUGUUUGUCCUUCCACUUGAGGAGGAGCAUUUGGAAUGGCAGGAAGCAGCUGGCAUCAGUGAUGUUUGGCUGGAAGUACAAGGUGAAGCAGGAAAACUGUAGGUGAGCAAUGGGGGAGGAGCACAAACCCAGGGCAUCCAUCAAAUACUUCCAUUUGUUGCUGUAAAUAGGUUCUAGUUUUGGAGUCUGGAGUGGGACAAUAGAGCCAAGUGAGUGAAGUUCUGCUUUCUGGGGGUUGCUCUCUCCGAAAGCCUCUGGCACUCUCGGUGGAAGGUGUCCUUGUUAGUUUCCUUCUGUGGGUGAAAAUGAGGUUCACUUCCCCGAGGGGGCAUGAGCACAGUCUUCACACCUCAAACUUCAGUUUUGCUUGUUGAUUCCUCAAAGUGUUGACCCAGAAACCCGCACAGCACACACUUCAUUGGGGAGACAAUGGCCUGAGGUUGUUAUCACUGGACAGUUAAUCCAGAGACCCAGAUAGUACUUUGGGGACUUGUGUUUGAAUCCAGUUGCAGCAGACGGCGGAAUUUGAAUUCAAUACAAACCUGGAAUUAAGCGUCUAAUGAUGAGCAUGAAUCUGUUGUCCUUUAAGGGAAGUAAAUUGGCAUUCUUGCUUACAUGUAACUCCUGACCCACAGCAAUGUGGUUGACUCUUAACUGCUCUCUGGACAUUUAGGAAUGUGUAAUAAAUGUUACCCUAGCCAGUGAUGCCCUCAUCCCGUGAAUGAAUUUAAAAAGUACGUCAGGAAUUCCUCCUGUAUGCAAUGAUAACUGAUUUGCUUUGCCCAAUCUUUAUGCAGACUGAAGUCACUGGACUCUUGAAGUCAGUGACCUUUUAUCAUAAUUAGAGCUCUCCCUUUCUGCUGGUGUCUUCAAUUUCCUUUUUAGUGCCUUCUGCUAAAAUUACCACACGAGUUAACUGGGGUGUAUAUACAUCGACCACUGUCAAUUUCUGUCCCUUGAUGUUUCUAAACUGUACCCAGACUCCAUUUCACCAGAACUAAUAUCCAUUGUCAUUACCAUAUUAAUUUUAUUCCGUAGCCAGUAAUGCUAACCUACCUCCUCCUUCUUGUCAGUCCUUCCAAGAAACUGAAUAUGCCUGGAGCCCAGCUUCAGACAUUGUAGAUAUUUUGGUUUCUGAUUUACCAAAACAUCCUGGAUUCUGGAAAAAUCUGAGUUCAGUAGAAAUUAGCAGUUGUAACACUGCUAUGUAAGAAAGAAGGAGGAGCAAAAAUAAGGAAUAAAGCCAGUUAACAUGAUUUCAAUCAGUUGGGAAAGUGCUUAAUAAUGUCUCUUCAUUAAGUAUGUUUCAGCAAUGCACUUAAAACAAAAAUCGUAUCAUCUGAUUAAAUCAACGUGGUCAAUCCAGAAGAAGACAUUCCAUGAUGGAGACAGGGCAGUUGCAGUGUAAUUAGAACUAACACGAAUUGAAGCGGAGGGAAAGGAGCAAUACCUUCGUGGUAUCACUCUUGGUUGUGAGAAGAGUUUUGAGGUUUGACGAUACUUCACCUUUCUCAUUCCUCAGACUCCAACCCACUUUGAUUCUGAAAGAUUUGACUGUUGUUUCCGGUCAGUCAGCUUGCCGAAGCAGUCAGAUUUCCGUCAUACUACUCAGAAUAAAAAUGGCAUCAGGAGAUGAGCUUCCAUCCCAUCUCACUGUCGAUACCCCCAACGUUCAAAUUCUUAACUCUGAGACCUCAAAAAGACUCGUCGAAAAUUUUGUAAUCGCUCUCAUGAACAAGGAGCGUUUCUACAUCCGCACAUUCUUUUCGACAUACAAAGCAUAUACCACUGCUGAAAGUGUGUUGUACAUCCUCCUGGACAAGUCUAAAACCUUUGACAGCCCAAACUCUGAGAAAGAUGAAGAACCAGGUUCACCAAAAGAGACAGCAACAAUUUCAAAUUCUGGAAAUGUUGACAGUGCAAAUGGUGAGGAAAAUGGAAGUUGUGUUUCUUCAGGAUCCAGCGAAAUAAUUGCUGAAUAUGGAAGCUUUGACACCUCAGAGGCAGAAGAGAUUCCAGUAAUCGAUUCAGUGAACACAAACAUCGGGAACAAUGCUAACAUUCUGAGCUGUGAGGAGCUUGAAAAUCCAAUUCCUCCAAAGACAGUUGCUGAGAUCAGAAUGUCUAAAACCUUUGACAGCCCAAACUCUGAGAAAGAUGAAGAACCAAGUUCACCAAAAGCGACUGCAGACAUUUCAAAUUCUGGAAAUGUUGACAGUGCAAAUGGUGAGGAAAAUGGAAGUUGUGUUUCUUCAGGAUCCAGCGAAAUAAUUGCUGACUGUGAAAGUGUUGAGUCCAAACACUGUCCGAAUUCUGAUGAAAUUCAGAAUUUAAGUUCACCGGAGAAGGGAGCGACAGUCAAGAAAAGCAUAGACUUCAACAGAUCAAGCUUUCUAGAAGAAUAUAAUUUCAGUCCUGCAGAAAAGGAAACACUAAUGAAAAUUGCUAUACCUGAAAUUCUUGAAAUCUGGCUGGAGGAGUCUGCCGAAGACUUUCGUCAAGUUCCAACUUACUCUUGUCUCCGGAAGGUACUUUCCUACUUGAACCAGACAGUGCCAGGGUCAGAUGCUGAAGAACGGGCCCAGAAACUCCUGAGUCGUUUUUUGGCGGAGGAAGCAGCGGAGAAAGAGAUGUUCAAAGGCUACCGUAGAAGAGUCAGAUUCUGUGUGGGAGAAGAACACGACCAAACCAUCGAACAAGUUGACGAAAAGCUCCUGUCCUACCCAUCACGCUUCAUUGCAGAGCAGCUGACUUUUAUGGAUGCUGAUCUUUUUCGGAAACUUGUGCCCAGCCAAUGUUUAGGGUCCAUCUGGUCUCAACGAGGGAAGGAAGAAAAACACCAUCUGGUAUCAACCGUCCAGGCCACCAUUACACAGUUCAAUAAUGUUACAAAAUGUGUCACCAGCACCAUAUUAAGACCUCAACAGCUGAAACCACGGCAGACGGCUAAAAUCAUUGAGAAAUGGAUUGAUGUUUUUCACAAUAUGGAGAAGUUCAACCGAAUGAGAGGUGUUAAAGUACACAGCGCUCCAACUAAAAGCUCUGAGCAGCCAGCAUCCCUUCGGAAUGAGGAUUCAGACGAGAGCAUUACCUCAGCCAGACACUUGGAAAUGGAAGAGCCAAGCACCUCGCAAAAAGCGCUGGAAAAGGUGAGAUCGUGA